AACGAUGGCAAUGCCCCCUGUCUGCGCCAAUAUCUGUGAACCCCUGUAAUUUCCGAGGUCAUCAUCAAGAUGAACUCGCAACUAACACCAACGCGACUAGUCUCUGCAGGCGUCGUUCUGCUGCUCACCAAACAUGUCAUCACCGUCUAUUUCAAGAUGGCCCCAGCCCCGCGGCGGCGUAUCACUGAGGUGGAUAGCAUUCCCGACUCCCUCAAUGAUUCAGCGACGAGGAAGACCAUGAUCAAUCCCCACGGCCACACCGCGUUGGUCGACUCGCGCUUCAUGGACGUCGAUGUACCCCCAGCCGCCCAGGGCCUGAAAGAUGAGGCCCUCCUGGCUGCGUUUGUCAGGGGCUUCUUCGGCGGCCGGGUAUUCGCUCCUGAGAGGGCGCUGCUGAGGCUCGCAAGACCUGAUUUGGUCAAGUUCACAGCAAUCCCUUCAACGAGUUCAUCACUCCCACCGCCUAUCUGGGACAUCGAGCGUUUCGAGGGCGAUGUCCUGCCUCCGCUUUAUACAAUACUCUUCGGGGCGUUCCAGGUCGCCCACGUUGAGCUGGCCGAGCCCUCCUCGUCUGUGGCGGCGAAGAAGAAGAAGACGGAAGCGUCGAGCUCGUAUGUUGACAUUGUCUUCGGCUCGGACACGGCCCAGUUCGCCGGCGUGCACAGAUUCACCAUCCUCCGGGACGGGAGCAAGCGUCCCGACAGCAUCCGGGUCUACAUAAGCCACAUGUCAUGCAACCCUACGGUUGACAAGCCCCUGAAGCCUGAUAUCCUGUUUUCGCUGCACAAGGCUUAUGCUAUGUGGCUGUUCAGAGAAGCCGUGGCCGAGGUUAUGCGCAGGAUACGAGCUGAGAAACCGUGAGAUACUAUUGAAAGCCAGACGACGCACGUCAUCGCGCGCUUUAUCCAGACAAUCUCCAAUCUACGGAUAUGCUUAUUAGCAGGGUUGGUUCCGUCAAUUUAGGUAUUUGAAGAGUCACAUACGUUACUGCUGUUAGGUACGAUUUGGACAACAUCACAGGUGGCCCCUGGAUGUCCUGCAACCCGAUAAUACUAAGUAUCUUUAAUGAGAACAAAUCAAUGAAAAGCCCUGCC